GCUGCUUAUCCGGACAUUACGGAAGACGCUCGCGCUGCUUCCGGGGGCGCCGCUCUCAGGGCGAUUACGGCACUCUCUCCUCCUCCUCCUCCUCCUGUUGGCGGCGUCAAAGAUGGCGGCGGAGAUCCACUCUCGGCCUCAGAGCAGCCGCCCGGUGCUGCUGAGCAAGAUCGAGGGCCACCAGGACGCCGUCAGCGCCGCCCUCGUCAUCCCCAAGGAGGACGGCGUCAUCACCGCCAGCGAGGACAGGACCAUCAGGGUAUGGCUGAAGAGAGACAGUGGCCAGUAUUGGCCCAGCAUUUAUCACACCAUGUCAUCUCCUUGUUCAACUAUGGCUUAUCACCAUGAUAGCAGACGAAUAUUUGUUGGCCAGGAUAAUGGAGCCAUUAUGGAGUUCCAUAUCUCAGAAGACUUUAAUAAGAUGAAUUUUGUCAAGACUUAUCCAGCUCAUCAAAACAGAGUGUCUGCGGUGAUCUUUUGCUUGGAAGCUGAAUGGGUUAUCAGUACCGGUCAUGAUAAAUGUGUCAGCUGGAUGUGUACCAGAAGUGGAAACAUGCUGGGAAGACACUACUUCACCUCCUGGGCUUCUGCCUUACAAUAUGACUUUGAAACCCAGCAUGCCUUUAUUGGUGACUACUCUGGACAGAUCACCCUGCUGAAGCUUGAACAGAACACAUGCUCGGUGAUCACAACUCUCAAGGGCCAUGAAGGAAGCAUUGCUUCCCUUUGGUGGGACCCUGUUCAGCGGUUACUCUUCUCCGGAGCCUCGGAUAACAGCAUAAUCAUGUGGGAUAUUGGCGGGAGGAGAGGCCGGACAUUGCUUCUGCAAGGCCACCAUGAUAAAGUACAGGCCGUUUGUUACCUCCAGCUCACACGACAGUUGGUUUCUUGUGCAGCUGAUGGAGGAAUCACAGUCUGGAAUAUGGAUAUUAACAGGGAAGAGGCCCCUCAGUGGUUGGACAGUGAUUCUUGUCAAAAAUGUGAGCAGCCAUUCUUCUGGAAUAUAAAGCAGAUGUGGGACACAAAGACGUUGGGACUAAGACAGCAUCACUGUAGGAAAUGUGGCAAGGCAGUGUGUGGCAAGUGCAGCACUAAACGGUCCAGCUAUCCCAUCAUGGGUUUUGAAUUCCAAGUCCGGGUCUGUGACGCCUGUUUUGAUUCAAUCAAAGAUGAGGAUCGUACUUCUUUGGCAACCUUUCAUGAAGGAAAGCAUAAUAUUUCCCAUAUGUCCAUGGACAUUUCACGAGGACUUAUGGUGACCUGUGGAAGUGACCGAGUAGUAAAGAUAUGGGAUAUGACACCAGUAGUAGGUUGCGGCCUUGCAACUGGAUACUCCUCACGCUGAUUUGGGUCUGCCAGGAUGAUACACCUUAAGCACCAAAUUGAUACACUCCCUUUUGUGACUCAUACACAAAAUGGUUGUCUGCUUGACUCUGUGAAUGCUCUUUUGCAAGAUGGACAGCACUUUUUUUGUGGAGCAGAAUUUGUUUUUACGAUUUUCUGUGAAUGACAGACAGAGGAAGCUCGACUUCAAGCUCAUAGCCUGUGGAACAAAGACAGAAAAAGCAUUUAUAAGCAAGAAAACAUCCAGUCAAGAAAGACUACUCCUAACUUGAUUUGCUUGUAAUAUUCAAUAUGCUUUUCUCUGCUGAAAAAUAUUACGUACAGUGGCUAAAGGUAACAUUGAGUGUAGUGAUGACAACACAUGUACAAAUAGUAGUAACUUAUUCUCAGUCCUUGUAAACCAUCCCUGUAGAUUAGUUUUGUCUUAGUAACAGUGGAGAUUGGCUCACAGGCAUUAAGUAAAACUUUGCUAGCAGAAGGGGAAAAGAAAUAACUUUUUUUUCUUUCCAAGCAGCAUUGCAAUAAGAAUGAGAAUGUUGAUUAGAAUGUUUUGGAGUAUUUUCUACUAGUUCUGUUUGUUAUUGACCCUUAAAAAGUGGCUCAUAUUAUGCGAAAACGAUUUCCGAAUUGUCUUGAGUAGAUUUUGUACCUGGCAAAAUUACCAAAUUUGCAACAUUUUUUUUACAGUAGUAGAAUUGAAGUAAACACAACGCAUCAUGUGCCAUGUAUGUAUAGACAUGUCCCAGUGGAGGAUAAAUGAAACUGACUUCUGUUGAGUUAAUUAGCUGCUAUGUGCUUCCCUUGCCCCUGAAAUAUGGACUUGGUGUUUCUCAGCAUCCAAAGAGGAUGUUAAUGAAGUGGUAAGUUUCAUCUUGAUCGUAAAAUAAGUGUUGAAUGUGAUUUUUGGAACCAUUUAACAGUAAUAUUGUAGAGGGGGCCUUAUAUAUGUAUUCCUGAGUCAAAGUGACAAAAAAACUGAGAUUUAAAGUCUCAUUCCUUUGGGAAAUGAAUCUCAUUUACCGUGUUACACUACAAAAUCAUGAGAAGGGAAUUGUCUUUUGAAGCCGAAGCUUCACCUCCAAGUCCACUCUGUUUAUUUUUGAGAAUAAUUAGUAUUGUUAAAUUUAAGUUCUUGGAGAAAUAAUAGCUUUGUUUUUUUAAAAAAAGAAUCCAUGUGUUCUUGGAAAGUUAAUAGAACAAAAUAUUUCUUUAGUUUCUGGAGAACCAGUUAAGAUUUGUGGUUCAGAUAACUUCACUUUUACCUAGCCUGCAGAAGACCCCUCUCAAUACCAAUGUCUCUUAUCCCAUUGUGUAGUUUAGUGUUCAUCUCUAAGGGUUCUUUAUUGAAAAUAUUGUGCUAAAUGGAAAAAAAGAAAAUGUCUAAAUGUUUCUCACAAGGCCACUGCUGAUUGUAUAGCCUUUUAAAGUGCAAGUCCCUGAAGUGAAGUGAACAUUUGAAUCAAGGGAAGUCUAGUAAAAAAAAAAGAAAAGAAAGAGGAAACCAUGCUCUUAAAACAGUCAUAAAAUAGGGAUAAAUCAAUGUUAUGUGUUAUGCUUCUGAAAUUUUGCAUUUUCUAACCUCAGAAAAGGCACAGCUGCUCCUGAAGGUGGGAUCACUCAUUUGAACUAGUGCAGUUGCUUAGUAUUUGAAAGAAGAGUAACUCAGAGCAGAACAUUUUCUUCAGAGUUAAUACAUUUGUAAGGCCAAUACAUAAGACUAGUAAACCCAUACUACUCAAUGCCUUAUAGGAUUGUCGAAAAGUUGAACUUAACUUGUAUCAGUUAAACAAGAAUGAGUCUUUUCACCUCAGUGCCAGAAAGAUGACCUUUUUCUGGAAAUGUGCAUCUGUGUUACAAAAAUAUUACCAUACUUGAAAACAUUUAUAUCUUUUCUCCUUCUCCUCCUCCUUUAAAUUGGUGUUACCUUGCACACAUGACUUGGGAUGGCUUCUGACCAUAGAUAGGAAGGCACCCAACAUCUGUACUUACCUUUACAAAGUAGAUUCUCAUUUAAUCAUUAGCAGUAUAAACCACAGAAUAAUAGCUUUCACCUCUUGGCAAUUACAUUGCUAAUCUUCCAAGAAUAUUUUGCCAAAGGGUGCUGAAUUUGCUCCAUGGAUGAAAGAUUGUCUAUAUUUCUUUGUGGCAAACCAAAUUAACAUUAUUUAGAUUAAGCCAACAUUUUAGAGAAAUAUUGUUGGCAAAACAACAGUCUGCAUAUUUCCAAGUAUUCAUAUUCUUCAGAUGAGUCAUAGAUCUUUGUUUAAGUCUAUAUUGCUUGCUUUUGUAUAGGAAAAUGAUGUAUAUUGGGGGGAGGGAUGGGGAAGAGGACAAGAAUCAUGCUGUGCACUGUAACACUGUCCUUGUAACUUUACAUGUGGAGUUAGACUUGACAUACUUACCCUAUUUUCCCCCAACAAACAGGGGCUGGGAAACAAGUACUAAUGCAUUUUUCUCUGAUGGAUUUGUUCCCGUGAAAGACUGUAUCAUUCAUUAUCUGAGAUGCUGUUGUUGCCGUUUAUUGUUCCCCUCCUGUCUUUUGAAAAAAGAACUUUGAAUAUUGUACAAUUAAAAAAAUAUUUCCUGAUA